AUUUUUUUGUUCACUUUCGGUCAAUUUUGAUCUGGGAACAGAUUUCAUCGCUUUCCUGUUCACUUGUUUUUUAAAUAGAGUGCGUGACGGUGGUUCUUUUAGUGUGGUUUUACGUUCAAGGAACAAAAAUGUCGGCGGCCACCGUGAGCCGCCUCUAUCUUCUCUUUCUCCUAAUCCUCUCCGCCAUUACAACGGCCACUUCUGUCCGUUAUCAUCGCCGCCUGCUCCACCAACCUUUUCUGCCCUUUACUUCCUUUCCGCCAGUCUAUCCUCCUUCUAGCGCUUCCACUGUUCACCCGCCGCGACAGCAGCAACCCAAAUAUCCUUUCGCCACCACUCCCCCUUCCACUACUCGAAAGCCUUUCUUUCCUUCAUUUUCUACCCCUCCGCCGCGUCCGCCACCAUCCUCCACAGUACCAACAUUUCCUGCUAACAUCUCCUCCUUGCUCGUACCCCAUUCUCCCUCCCCCUCCUCCCACCGCCGACACAUCAUCCUCGUCUCCCUCUCCUCCGCCCUCCUCGCGGCAGCAGUCAUCCUCUCUCUCGUCGUCCUCGCCCUCUUCUUCCGCCAUCAUAACAACCAGAACACUUCCUCCGACGAUAAAGCUUCCCUUUCAGACUCCAUUCGCUUAUUCCCCCCCAACAUUCCCUCCUCAGAUGCCUCCCAAAAGCUUCCGGCUCCACAACCACCGCAACAACCGCCAAACUACGUCUCAACAAACCGCAGCUCGGAGUUUCUUUACUUAGGAACACUUGUCAACUCUACAGUAGACCCAGAAAAAGCUAUCCUUUCUAGAAAUGGAGGUAUCAAGCUGGAAGUUUCGUCUUCACCUUAUCAAAAGCUUGGCUCCCCGGACUUGAAUCCAUUGCCGCCAUUGCCAAAAGUCCAAACUCUUCUUAGCGGAGAACAGUUUCUCCAAACUGAACAAACGGGUAGUUUUGAAAACAAUGUUGAAGAUGAAGAAGAUGAGUUUUUUUCGCCAAGAGCGUCUUCUGGUGGACGAGAGAGUCCACCGCCGGUAAGAAUAGAAUCAAGUUCAAGAAGGGACUUUCAUGGUGAUAACUUUGGAAGCCGAAGCUUUAACUCAAGAACAGCUUCUUACCCUUUAUCUAACUCUUGUUCACCUACAAAUUCAUUCUUGAACUCGAGCCCUUUGAGUCAAAGAUCCAAAUCUCCAGAUGCCGUUGUUCCUGUCUAUACAGAGAGAGUAAAAACCUCAUCUUCAUCUUCACCUUCAGCUUCAUCGUCUUCGUCUUCAGAUACGGACUCACCGGAUAGAGGUUCGAAUUUUUCGGGGUUGGAGAAGGAAUCUCCAUCAAAGGUUGCGCUUAAGAAGCUUCCGCCACCUCCUCCUCCGCUUCCUCCAUCGCGUCUUUGGGAAGUUCCUGUGACGGUGAGCUCUGUUCCGGAGACUAAUUCAAGGGGGCCUCCGGUUCUUGUUGCACCCUCUAGGUCAAUGGCUGUAAAUAAGCCGUUGAAGAAGAAUGAAGGCUUAGAGAAAAGUGAAGAGACCCCAAAACCGAAGCUGAAGCCUCUACAUUGGGAUAAAGUUCGAGCGAGUUCGGAUCGGGCCAUGGUGUGGGAUCAGAUAAAAGCGAGCUCUUUUCAAUUGAAUGAGGAAAUGAUUGAGACACUGUUUAUGGUGAAUAACCCAAAUAUGGCCGUGAAAGAUACGGCUCAGCGGCGGAUUCUACCUGUUGGGAACCCGGAAAAUCAUGUGCUUGAUCCGAAGAAAUCUCAAAACAUUGCCAUUUUAUUGAGGGCACUAAAUGUGACCAUUGAUGAAGUCUGUGAAGCGCUUAUGGAAGGCAAUUCAGACACUCUUGGGACUGAGCUCUUGGAAAGCCUAUUAAAGAUGGCUCCAACCGAAGAAGAAGAGCGCAAACUGAAGGAGUUCAAUGAUGAAUCCCCUUUUAAGCUAGGUCCUGCUGAGAAGUUCCUCAAGGCUGUGGUUGAUGUACCUUUCGCCUUCAAGAGGGUCGAUGCUUUGCUCUACAUCGCUAAUUUUGACUCUGAAAUUGAGUACCUGAAAGGGGCUUUUGAAACUUUACAGGCUGCUUGUGGAGAGUUGAGUAACAGUAGAAUGUUUCUGAAGCUUUUGGAGGCAGUCCUCAAAACUGGGAACCGCAUGAACGUUGGCACGAACCGUGGCGAUGCCCAUGCCUUUAAGCUUAACACACUCCUAAAGCUUGUUGACGUAAAGGGCACUGAUGGGAAAACCACGCUUCUGCAUUUUGUUGUGCAGGAAAUCAUCAGAGCUGAAGGUUCUCGCCUUUCUUGUGUCAAUCAAAAUAUAAAAGCCGAGAAAACCCAGCAAUCUGAUUUUCAGGAUGAUGUUGAAUAUAGGAAGCUUGGCCUGCAAGUAGUUUCUAGUCUAAGCGGGGAGCUAACUAAUGUGAAGAAGGCCGCUGCUAUGGAUUCUGAUGUUCUCAGCAUUGAUGUUGCAAAGCUUGCAACCGGUAUCUCUAAAAUCAGAGAAGUUAUAAAGCUAAACGAAGGAAUUGCUCUGAAAGACAGCAGCCUUAAAUUCUCGGAAUCAAUGAACGAGUUCCUGAAGAAGGCAGAGGAAGAGAUUGUAAGAAUCCAAACCCAAGACAGAGUUGCUCUCUCUAUGGUGAAUGAAAUAACAGGGUAUUUCCAUGGGAACUCUGCCCAGGAGGAAGCUCAGUUGUUCCGGAUCUUUACAGUCAUAAGGGAUUUCCUUUCCAUUCUUGAUCGAGUGUGCAAGGAAGUUGCAAAGGUCAACGAGAGAACAAUAUACAGUUUGGCACCUCCGUUACCAAAUCCUCCAGUCUUUCCUGGACUCAGCGUGAGGCAGCAUUAUAGUUCCUCGGACGAUGAAACUCCGUCAUAGUUUGUGAUAAAUGUCCCACAUCCACAUGUUAUUGUGGGUAAAUCUCAACAUCUUCAUCAUGGUUAGAUGUCCACUAUCUAACAGUCCCAUUUCAAAUGCAGCUGUCGAUGCAAAUGCCCUUGUGAGCAAUUUUCUUCACAUAUAUAUCAUAUAUAAUAUUAUAGCAGAAGCUAAAUAUAGUAUUGCUAUGAGGUUGAAUCUAUCUUGUAAAUAAAUUAGUGACUCCCAGUUGAAGCUUAUAU